AUGAUGUCCUUUCAGGAUUUUCUUCCGUCAACCACACCCAGAUAUAGAUAUAAGGGUUAUCGCGAAUGUCUUAGACUUUUCGAAGAAGAGUAUGAAAAGUUUGAGCAUGAAGAAGAUCCACUCGGAUGCGCGUAUAACCCUUAUUUCAUUAUGGAUAUUGACGAGCGCUCCUUCCUUGAGUGUUUUGUAAACUCGGGGGAUAAUCUACUGACGCUGUCUUGGGAAAUUUAUGAUCAUGUCUACCAGUCCACGCUAUUGAAAAUGGAGUCCCCAGCUCACGCUGUUGCCAUCGGGACGUUCAACACUAUCUUUUCUGCCUGGGCCAGGAGAGUGACCGACCCCAUUCUAUUCAACACCACCACCAGAACUGUCCGUGGUAGAAGCCGCACCAAGAACGCCGAUAUCUCGUUCACACCAGCGGAGGUGCCGAGUGGUCGGUCGCAUAAGUGGCCAACUUUCGUUGGCGAGGUUGCAUGGUCGGAACCUCGCUCAAAGCUGAUAGAAGAUAUGAGGUUCUGGCUAGAAGACCAGGAGAAUUCUGUCAAUGUCGCCAUAACAAUCAGUGUGCUCCGCGGUCGGAUUUUGAUCGAGAGCUGGGAAGUGUCUGACAAUAAGCCUCCAUCGCCGACCCAAAAGAUCGAAAUUGUGCGCAACCCUCAGCUCGGCUGCCCUCAAGUCAGUGGCCGCUUAGAGAUCAAGUUUUCCGAUGUUUUUUUAAGGGAGCCCAAGCCUGGGGCCAGGGAGCGAAAUUUCAUCAUGACAACAGCGGAUAUGCAUGAGUUGGCGACUGGUAUCUGGGAAUACCAAUACUCAGCCAGCUCAAACAACUCCCAGUAA